UAGAGUCUAAACCAGAUCUGAACAUAAAGUGCUUGGCAAAGUCUUCAUCACUGGAAUGGAAAGAAAAGGCAACAAAAAGUCACUGGAGCUAACUCUGUGAUCAGCAUGAGUGUCCGUGAGCAGUGCUGGAGUGAUGAGGAAUCAGAUGGGGAAAUUGACUGUGAAAACAUCAUUUAUGGAGCACAGGGUAAUUAUGCUGCUGAUCUCUAUUGCCACCCGCAAUUGGACACAGAUGUUGUAGCUGUGAAGGAUAUCUACUCUGACAGUGCCGUUGGUGUAAGGGAGUAUGAAACAAUUGAUGAUGUGGACAUCGACUUGCACAUCAACAUCAGCUUUUUAGAUGAGGAGGUGGCCACAGCAUGGAAAGUGAACAGAACAGAACCUAUUAUUCUACGCCUUCGAUUUUCUUUGUCUCAAUACCUUGAUGGACCGGCGCCGACAGUGGAAGUGUUUCAGCCUUCCUGUAAAGAUAGCUUCAGUGUUGGCGUACAGCUCAAAAGAAUUCUUAGUACAUUCAUAUCAAAUCAGUGGAAACACCUCAGCAAUGAAUUUCUGAGAACUCAGCAGAAGAAGAGGCAUAGCUGGUUCAAAGCUGGAGGAACGAUCAAGAAAUUCCGUGCUGGCCUCAGCAUCUUUACACCAAUAGCCAAGUGUCCCAAUGUACCCCUGAUCCAGGGUCCUGGAGAGAAGGGGAGGACAUCAGGGCCUGAGCCGAGAGUAAGCCGCCUUAUGAGCCGCUCAGUCUCCUGUACCAUGAAGAUGCCAAAAGGAGACUUACUCACAUACGCACCCAACGGACAGAAUGUGGCAGUCCCUGGCUCCAGAUCCACAGUUCAGAUCACCACCAAGCAGCUUAUUGAGCUGUUCUUCUCUUCACAAGCUCUCCUACACUGCAAGAGUAUCCCUACACUGGAAUACGGCUUUCUUGUACAGAUUAUGAAGUACUCAGAACAGAGAAUUCCCACCCUGAAUGAGUACUGUGUGGUCUGCGAUGAGCAGCAUGUCUUUCAGAAUGGCUCCAUGCUCAAGCCAGCAGUGUGUACAAGAGAGCUAUGUGUGUUCUCCUUCUACACACUGGGUGUUAUGUCAGGGGCUGUAGAAGAUGUGGCAACAGGAGCCGAGGUGGUUGACCUGCUGGUAGCAAUGUGCAGAGCUGCCCUGGAGUCAUCUCGUAAAAGCAUUAUAUUUGAUCCUUAUCCUUCAGUGGUUGACCCUUUCGAUCCCAAGGCUUUGGCCUUUAACCCUAAGAAACGAAGCUAUGAUAGGCUGCAAAAAGCACUGGACAGCAUCAUGUCGAUACGAGAAAUAACACAAGGCUCAUAUGUAGAGAUAAAGAAACAGAUGGACAAAUUGGAUCCACUAGCACAUCCUCUGUUACAGUGGAUUAUAUCUAGCAAUCGAUCUCAUAUUGUCAAGCUGCCUUUAUGUAGGCAACUCAAAUUCAUGCACACCAUCCAUCAGUUUCUGUUGCUCAGUAGCCCUCCAGCCAAAGAGGCUCGAUUCCGCACAGCUAAGAAACUAUAUGGCAGCACUUUUGCCUUUCAUGGCUCCCAUAUAGAAAACUGGCACUCUAUUCUACGAAAUGGACUUGUUAAUGCCUCCUAUACAAAGCUACAGCUGCAUGGGGCAGCCUAUGGGAAGGGCAUCUACCUCAGUCCCAUCUCCAGCAUAUCUUUCGGAUACUCAGGGAUGGGUAAAGGACAGCACCACAUGCCCACUAAAGAGGAGCUAGUGCAUCAUUAUAACAGAGUCAAAACCAUCUCACAGAGUCUCCCAGUGCAGUCAAGGUUUCUUCAGAGUCGGAAUCUUAACUGUGUCGCUCUUUGUGAGGUAAUAACAUCCAAAGACCUCCAGAAACAUGGGAAUAUUUGGGUGUGCCCAGUGCCUGACCACGUCUGCACACGUUUCUUUUUUGUGUAUGAGGAUGGUCAGGUGGGGGAUGCCAACAUUAACACACAGGAAGCUCAAAUUCAGAGAGAGAUCUUGCGGGUGAUUGGGACACAGUCGAGUUGAAUGUUAAGUUUUGACUCUUAAAGAGACUGAGGAAAGACAGAAUCAACCCUGCACUGUGCGAUUGUCAACCCUCUGAUCGCUGUUGCCAAAUUAGUGGUUGUGAAUUAAGGGAACUUUUAAAAAUGUAUAAUAAGGUUGUUUUUAACCUGUUUUUUACACAUUCCACCUUUGUGUGUGUGUGUGUGUGUGUGUGUGUGUGUGUGUGUGUGUGUGUGUGUGUGUUAUCUUGACAGCAUUCCUCUGACUACAUACUAUGUACAAAAAUGUGGCCCCAUGUGACCACUCGCAUGUGGGGCUCUGCUGCCACACUGUCAAUAUUAAUGCACAGGUCAGAUUUAUUUGUUGUUGUCCCAUGAUUCUAAAAACCCCUUUUGAUCACUGAAGUUGUUCCUAGAAGAAAAUGGUGCUACAUUAGAUGUUAGCUUCUUAAAAGGGGUGCUAAAGCUUGUAUUUCUAGAACAGGCCUGAUAAAUAUGCUACAUAAUGACUAAUGUAAAAGAUCACAUACUGUAUGGUAUUACUGCUGUGUUCAGUUAAGAACAGUUGCUUAAUUUAACACUUUUAGAAGUCAGUAAAAGCCAAAUCUGACUAUAAUUUUAUUUAAAGUUUUGAUUAGACUCAAUCCUGAGCUGUUUUUGAGACGUGGUCUGUUGUUCUUAAUGGUACUGAAAAAAAAAACAGAUAUUAUAAAGGUGGCAUAAACCUGCUGGACAUGUCAUUAUAAUGUUUCAGAAGCUGAACAUCUAGGUAAUAUUUGUAGCAUCAAACACUUUACACUCAAUCUGUAAUCUGUGCUGUAUAGCAAAGAGACACUUGCAAUGUGUUUUGUCUUAACGUUGUAUAAAAACAGUCACUCUAUAAAACACAGUCAAUAAAUGUAUGUUCAUGAUGUUUUCC